AUGGCGUGGAGCAGCACUAGUGAAUCUGGAGAUGAGAGUACUCCUACAUCCCCCUCCCACGGCGGAUCUCCCUCGCCGGGGGAUGGCUGUGGCGAAGGAGCUGGCACCUUCGCCGAGUUUCUUGCUGAAGGGCGGCGGCAGGGCGGAUGGCUACCCUCUGUGCUUCUGGCGCCGGCCCUAUGCGGGCAUUGCCAUAAGAUCGAGGAUCUUAGGCGGGAUUGGAACAUCGACAGCGACGGGAGCGAUCACUGGAUGACGGAGCUGAACCUGCAAGGGUCGCUCGCCGCCCAGAUCGCCUUCGAGGGGAACUCCUGCUUCAGGUGCGUCAAGUUGGUCUUCGAGGCGACCAAAUGGAAAGGCGACGGCGACACACCACUGCACUACGCUGCCAGGUCCGGAAACCUCAGGAUGCUUUUCCACUUGGUUUGUCAGCUCGGUGAGGAGUACGGCCAUAAGGGGGUGGAGCUGUUGCUGAGGAAGCUCAACGUUCAUGGGGAGACGGCCUUGCAUGAGGCCAUCAGGUUGGGAACAAACUCAAUGUUCAUGGUCGGGAUGCUCAUGUGGGUGGAUCCAGGGCUGGCGCUGCAUCAUGCACCUGGCAGCACCUCACCGCUAUAUCUGGCUGUCUCCUUGAGACACAAGGACAUCGCAGAGAUGUUGCACAGCACAAGUGGCGGCAGCCUCUCUUACUCCGGCCCAGAUGGACAAAACGCACUGCAUGCUGCCGCGGUUCACCCUCCACAUAGACAGAACGGUAUGGUAGAAAUGCUACUAGAUUGGAACAAGGAUCUUACCGAAGAGAAGGACCUAAAUGGCAGCACCCCUCUUCACUCUGCGGUUUCGGCGCUGUACUCUGAAGAUCGCAUGCGUAGAUGUUACACUCUUGUAUGUGGCAAUGGCCUUUGGUAUAGAGCUUUCCCCUAUAUGUUCCCCAAUAUGACCAGGUUUCCGAUGGAGAAACAGGCAGCAUGGCAUAUACUUGAAGCGAACCCAUCUUCAGCAUAUCAGCAUGAUAAUAACGGUUUGUUUCCUGUACACAUCGCUGCCUUGAUGGAUAAGAAGGUUGCCAUCCGUAUUCUUCUCAAAGGAUGCCGUGGUUGCAUCACUCUUCCUGAUAAGCAGGGGAGAUCCUUUCUUCACAUUGCUGUCCGGAACAAGGUCCACCAUAUAGUAAAAUAUGCUUGUGAAGCACCAGUUUUUGCGCCCAUACUGAACGCUCGGGACAAUGAUGGCAACACCGCACUACACCUAGCUGUGGAGGUUGAGGAUCUAAUCAUCUUCUGUCAUCUCCUGCGGAAUCCAAAAGUAUUAUUAAAUGUGAGAAACAACAAGGAUCAAACUCCGCUGGAUCUAGCAAGGAGACGACGAAAAUAUUCCUAUAUCCAGAAUCCGGAGAGAGUGAUAUACAUGACACUCAUCGAUGCCAGAGCUAGUCAUGGUAGCUUCUGGAGAGAUCGUGUUCAACAUCUCUGCAUUCAGAAUCAGUUGUCAAUCAAGAAAGAUGAAGAGAAUCAAUCAGAGGAACAGGAUGAGGCGGACGGUAAGAAUGUAGAGGAAGAAGACAGAACAGAGGCGGGCCCGGUAAAAGAGCUCGUACAACUGUUGAAGCAAAAAGUGUAUGAAGAGAAAAAAGAGGCGAUAGAGAAAAACGACUCGGAUCAGAUGAAUGAUAUAACCCGGACACUUGGCCUUUUAUCAGUACUCAUCACAACGAUGACAUUCGGUGCAACCUUCGCCGUACCUGCAGCAGUCAAAGCAGGCAACAGCAGCAACGGUGGCAUUCCAGCAGGAGUUUCCAGUAGCUGGUAUUUCCAUGCGUUCAUGACGGCCAACGCGACUGCUUUCGUCUGCUCCUUAAUAGCUACACUUUGCCUCAUGUUCUCCGGCAUGUCCAUCAUUAAACUGCAAGAUCGCCGAAAAUACUUCCAGGUAGCCCUCUUCUUCACCCCGGGUUCGCUCACCAGCUUGACUGUUGCAUUUGGCCUUGGCCUACGUACGGUGCUGGCUCCAGUAGGUCGUACGCUUUCCGAUGCCAUAUUCGUCCUCAGCUCUCUUGUGCUGCUCUAUCCAAUGUUGGAUUUUGUUACACGACUGGUUUGGACUUACCAACCGCUCUCUGUCAGGCGGGGCCACAUAUUCGUAUGCUGGAUAUUUAUAGGCCGUACCUUUCAUGUGUGUCUAGGUCGGUUUUGGCCCAUCAUAUUUAUCUUUAUUAUGUCAACCUCAAAUAAGACUUGGCGUUGAAGAAGCGGCAUCAAACAGAGAUCAAGUGUGGCUAAUUACUGUGUAAAGCCCAGUGCAGAAUGGCAACUAGAGAAU